AUGCUUCAAGUUCUCUCAUCAUGUUCUUUCACUUCGUCGGAGAAAAGCAAGCUUAAUGACUUAAAAAAAAUUUUUCUCCCUCCAUUCAUCUAUUCAACCACCCACACAGUUCUUCAUGCAAAUUUCUCAUCUCAUCUGAGUAAACUUAAAAAGUGCUUUGAGGGAAAUUUAAUUUCAUGUUUAAAUGAGCUUUCAUUAAACUCUUGCAAUUGCUUGAAAAAUAUCUCACAAUCAGUUCUCAAGCUGAAGUCUCUCUGGUCUGAGAUAUCAAAACCCGCUAGCGUUACUAAGAUUUAG